CACUUGGGAUAGACGGAUAUUUCACUUUGCUCUGCAUGCAUGCUUAGCUUCAAAUCACCCAAGUGGACUGGACUUUGAAGACACAAACGUUUAUUUAUCAACUCAACUUGAAUGUCUUGAAUGAUGUUGCUCUUGGACUAUUCUGCGUUCAGUCUACUGAAAUGUGAAUCCUUGGAAAACAGGACAUAACAACAUCCUGAAAUUAUUUAGAUAAUCGAUUCUAUUAUCGAUUAUGUUACAUACUUGGUUGGACAUUUGGUAAUCUGACCCAGUUCCUGGUAAGCUUAGAGUACUCUGAAUAAGUCACGUGACAUUUGACCUUGGUCAGGUUACUCUGACAUUUGCUUCACUCUAUCAAGCGUGAAUAGGUCAGUGAGACGCACGACGCAACUAUAAUUAAAAUUUCGCCCUUGUAAUUGUGGGGUUUAAUUAUCACACUGGCCGCGGUGGAUUUUGACCAGAGUGAAAUUAACAACAACAUGCCAACAAAAGAAGAACCCAGUGUCUUUGAAUCACUGGAUCACGCGUCAAUGGAAGGCAGCCACAAUAGUAUCGACCAUGACGAAGCCUCGCAUCUAGAUGACUCGCUAGAUGCAAAAAAAGUUAGACCCAAAAGAGGUGAGGAUGCUUAUGGACACAGUGGAGUAAACCAACUUGGAGGAGUAUUCGUAAACGGUCGGCCACUUCCGGACAGCACUCGGCAAAGGAUCGUUGAAUUAGCGCACUCUGGUGCACGCCCCUGUGAUAUUUCAAGGAUUUUACAAGUGUCAAAUGGAUGUGUCUCAAAAAUCCUUGGAAGAUAUUAUGAAACUGGUUCCAUCCGUCCCCGAGCGAUAGGGGGCUCGAAACCUCGUGUAGCCACAAAUGAAGUUUGCGCAAAAGUUGCCCAAUACAAGCGGGAAUGUCCAUCAAUUUUUGCCUGGGAGAUUCGGGAUCGAUUACUAUCCGAUAACGUCUGCAAUCAAGAUAAUAUACCCUCAGUUUCAUCCAUCAACAGGGUCUUGCGCAACCUAGCCUCAGAAAAUCAAAAGGUCCUUGGCCAAGGGAGUAUGUACGAUAAGCUUGGUCUUCUCAACGGACAAGUGUGGCCUAGACCCAACCCCUGGUACUCCACCCCUCAAGCUACUAUGCCCGGCCUAGGGAUGACACAUUCUCCCUAUGGACAGUCACACCAGAUAUCACCACCUAUUCAGGAUAAAAAAGAAGGCAUUCUAGAAAACACAAGCGCUGAGAGUCCCGGCAGUCACACUGGAGGAGAAAGCGCCAAUGGGGAACAAGAUGACCAAAUGAGAAUAAGACUGAAACGAAAACUUCAAAGAAACCGUACUUCAUUCACAAAUGCUCAAAUUGAGGCUUUAGAAAAAGAGUUUGAAAGGACUCACUAUCCUGAUGUGUUUGCACGUGAACGUCUUGCACAGAAAAUAGAUCUCCCAGAGGCCAGGAUUCAGGUGUGGUUUUCCAACAGACGAGCGAAAUGGCGACGGGAGGAAAAACUACGCAAUCAGCGUCGCGAUGUUCCACCCAAUGGCAUGAACAUGAACGCUAUGAAUCGUAUGCCAAUCAACAGUAGUUUCCCCAAUAGCAUGUACCCCACUAUACAUCAACCAAUAGCGACUAUGACAGAAACAUACAGCUCAAUGCCCCAGAUGCCAAGCUAUAGUUUGUCUAACAAUUUAGGUCAACCCAACCCAGCCUGUUUACAGUCCUCAAACACCUCAUCAUAUUCCUGCAUGCUGCCUGGAAUGACAGAUUAUGUUUCAGGAUCCGCUAGAAGUUAUGACCCCCUCUCACUCACCAGUUAUUCCCGACCCUCAUGCAACCCUGCGGCAACAAUGCAGUCACAUAUGAGCAACCCAGUUGCAAACGGAUCCUCCACAGGUUCGCAUUUCUACUACUGAUUGCUGAGUGCGCACCAUUCUAUUCUCUCAGGUCUCAUCUCUCCAGGUGUGUCAGUUCCUGUACAGGUGCCUGGGGGUGGCCCUCACCCACCCGUAGCUCACCACCAUCAGGACAUGGGCAGCCACGUCCCCCAACAUAUGAACCCUAUGAGUAUGACAUCACAAUACUGGCCCCGCCUCCAAUGACCAACCUGAGUGGCAGUAGUAUGACAUCACAAUAAGGUGAAAACUAUUAUAGUGUGACAUUGCAAUGGCAGCCAGGGCCGAUGUUUUACCACUGAGGUCAAGGUCACAUAAAUGCUUCAAGUCCAGAACGAAAGGUUUAGAACAUUUAGCAUUCAUAACACAGACGAACAAUACCAUAAGACCUGGUACAACUCCAUUAACUGUUCAUGGUCAAAUAUUUGUGGUGAAAACAACAGUAGAAGCACAGUAACAGGAGGAUGUGGAAGUUAAAUACAUACAGUGUGACAAUGCUUUGUACCAGUCACAUUGUAGCGUGUAUGCUAUUUCUAGUACAGCAACGGUGGUAUGACUAUGUGGCAUUUUGUUGGAAAAAGAAACAUGAAUGUUUUUGUACGUAAACUAAGUAUUGUAAAUGGGACAGGGUGAUGAUUUACAGACCAUGAACAAAAACUAGGUCACCAUAUUGAAUUUAUUUUUGUUGGUUUUGGAAUUUAAAUUUAAAAACCCUUAAAACUAUUAAGAUUAUAUUAAUAUCUGUGUUACUUACCUAUAACUUUAUGGGUAUAAUUUCUCCCGCUGAAUCUAUGAACAAUAAUAUUUAUAUGUUUCAUGAAAUGGGUUCAUUCAGUAUUAAUACCAGCAAGGGUAAUGCCUCAUAAGUGCAUCAUAUAUGAUGAUUAAGUGCAUCAUAUAUGAUGAUUAAGUGCAUCAUAUAUGAUGAUU